AUGGAAAGCUAAAACAUAGCUAGCUUAAAUCUAGAUCCAAGCACUUACACUCUAUAGACUUACCUUGGUCUUGUCAAGGUCUUAGAUAUAUCAACUAGUUCGCAAUUUGAUCCUGAGACUUACAAACAAGCCGACAUAUUGCUAACUCAAUUUUCCAAAACUCAUUAAGCUUGGGGUAUUGCCAUUCAAGUCUUGACCAUUGAUGGUCUCUUAGAUAAGGAAUACUUCCAUGCAGCUAAUGUACUUAAGAAUAAGAUGAUGUAUGACUUUGCUAAUCUCAGAAAUUAAGAUUACAACAUUUCAUUUCAAAUAAGAGACAAUCUAUUGAUUAUCUUGAAGAAAAUGACUGCCUAGGAAAAGCCACCCUUCCUUAUCAACUGCAUUUGCACUGCUAUUGCGAUUUUAAUAAUGCAUAUUAACGAGAAUUGGCCAGAUAUGAUUGAAUAAUUAAUUUAAGAUCUAUCUAAUACAGUUGAGCAGGCCACUUGCUUAUUAAUGAUUCUAAAAUAUAUGGCCUCUGACUGUGACAACGAUAGCAUAGUGAUAGAAGACUCUUUAAGAUCUAACUACUUUAAAUAUUUAGAUGAAAUCUCUGGCAGAGUAUUCGAAUAAAUCUUCAAUUUAUGGGCACAGAAGAUUAACCAAUAAGUCAUUAAUUUAGAAAGCACUGAUGAUUACAAGCUACAAAAGCUUAAAUCUAAGCUAGUAGACGCAUUUUAUAAUUGGAUAAAACUCAAAUUGCCAGAUGAGGUGAUCACCAACCUUACUACUCAAUUUCCAGAUUUGAUCCAAUUCGUAUUCUCUGAGCUCGAAAACAAGGAUGAAAACUUGGAGAAUGCAACUAACUGUGUUAUUGAAUUAAUUACUUUAUCUAGAAAAGAUCCAGCAAAGUUUGAAAGUAUUAGAGAAGCAGUGAUUCAAAAAGUAGGCAGCUUAAUGAGUAGAGUUGACUAAGCUAUUGAUGAGAGAGAUGAGAACUUGGGAGAGUAAUUAACUGAAAUAUUUGUAGAACUCGGCUAGACUCAUAUUAAUCAAAUAAUCGAGACUGCAGCGUUUACUAUUCCAGAGAUUCUUCUUAAGCUGAUGAACAUUCCAGAAAUAAGAAGCAGAAGAUAAGUUUCAUUCUGGAAAUAGCUAUUCAAAGGAAUCAGUAAAAUAGAAAAUCCAGAACAAAAGACUGCAAAGUUAAUGUAAAUCGAACCAAUACUACUGAAGCUUUUGUAGUAGAUCGUAGAAUAAAUGAAAGCAGACGAUGAUAUGUUUGAAGACUUCAAUUAUGUAUCAGAAUUUGAUGAACAAUUCGAUGACUUUAACUUGUAAUUAAUAAUCCAUGAUUUUAUACUAAUUUAGGGUCAUGUACUUCUUGCUCAAAAGCAAGAGUUAAAAGUAUCUGAGUGGGCAAGCAUUGAAUGCAUUAUUGCUUGCAUCUCUGAUCUUGCUUAGACUUUAACAAUCGAUCAGGUUGGCACUCUCAAUGACAUAAUCUAGUUGAUAUACUAACUACCAACUGAUUAUGUUGCUCUUAGAAGAGCAGGAGCUAAUCUUUUUUCAGCAUUGUCUAAAAUUAUGAAGGAGCAUGGAUUAAAUGCACAGGAGGAUGUUAAGAAAUUUGUCGAUUAUGUAAUCUAGGGCUUCAAUAACAAAUAUUCAACUCCUUCAUGUUCGAAAGCUUUUCAAAAGCUGUGCGUUGAUAAUGCCAAAGCACUUGCAGUAUUUGCUCCUGAAAUAAUUCAAAAAAGUAAUUUCUGUUCAUUAACUAAUUUAGCGAUACCAUACCCAGCCCCUGAUUGGUCCACGAAACAGUAAUAUCUUUUGAUAGUUGAUGGAGUUUCUGCUUUAGUAGAAGAGAUUUAAGAUUAAUCAAUCUGUGAGUAAUGCAUGCAAAAGGUUAUACAGUCUUUUGCAAUUCCACUGAUUGAAAAGAUCGAUAAUUUAAAGUAAUAGUUUAAAAGAGAAGGUUCUCCUGUGAAAGCCUAAGACAUUAAUGAGGGCACAAUUAAAUAUAUCAGUGAUUUUAUGAUUCUAAUUGGUGAUUUCUUAAAAGGCUGUAAAAAAUUGAGCGAAAGACAAGUGAACCCAUUUGAAGGCCUAUUUUCUGAUCUAUGGACUAAAUUCUUAGAAGACAAUUUCAACACAUUUACGCAUAUAGAUGAAAUAGUAGAGCAGAAUAAAAAUCCAAUUCCAGGAUUCAUUUAUGCUAUUGAAUUCAGUUUAGUUGAAUAUCAUCAGUUUAGAGACUAUGAAUAGAUUUUUCUGGAGUCGUUCAAUAUGAUAACUUAAAGAACAUCUUAAUUGCUCAUUAAUCUAACUUAGUUUGAGUAAUAUCCAGAUAUAGCAUUUGAUUAUUUCGGAAUGUGCCUAAGAUAUUUGAAACUCAACAAGCAAAUAAUUUUUAGAAGCACUCACUUAGAUUCAUUGAUAUCAAUAUGGAUAAGUGGUAUAGGUAUUGAACACAAGGAUGCAAUUGAAACUCAUACAGAAUUUAUUAUUGUUCUUUUGCAGACACUCCAUAAAGAUUUAACUUAAGUUGCAGAUCUUAAUAAUCAACAAGAAAUACUGAAUGCCGGUAUUGAUCCCAAUGAAAUUAUUAUUUGGAACUACUUCUUAUAAAAUGGCAUUAGUGUAGUUGAUAAAUACAUUAAUGUGAUUUUAAGUGCUCCUUCAAAACAAAUUAUCAAUAAAUUUGUUGAUGUAGUUGUCGAAUUUUGUUUAAGAUUCCCAGUUGAAUAUAAAGAGCUCUGGUUUACUUCAGCAUUUACGAAGAUUCCAGGAGAUGUAUUAACGUAGGAGGAGAAAUAAAGACAUAUUAAAAAGAUCAUGACUCUUAAUCCUAAUUAUGAUACAUUAAUCGAUAACUUUGAUACUAUUGCCAAGAGAGCCAGAAAUACUAUCAAUAGAAGCAACUGA